UUAAACAUAUAUCUAAGUUACUUAAAAUUACUUUAAAGUGAUUCUAAUUUAAUUGUGGUAUUAUAUUUAUGUGCGGUAGAAAAAGUCCUUUAAAAGUUUCGUGAAAAAAAGAGGUUUAGAACAUUUUCCCUACAAAACAAGUGAAUAUUUAAGUAAACAGUGAUGGAUGUAAUACAGCGCUUAGAACAAGAAAUAGCUGAAUUAAAAGAUACCUUGCAGAUGAAAGAGCAAGAACUUGUGGAAAUCAAGCAGAAAUUUUUACAGAUAAAUGAAAAUUCUACAGAAAAUACCAAAGUGCGUAUUGGUGGUUUGCCCAAAUGGGCGAUAGAACGGUACAGUCGUCAGAUCCUCCUGCCUGACAUCGGUGUGCAGGGUCAAGGGAGACUCAUGGCUGCCAGGGUGCUGAUAGUUGGAGCCGGUGGACUGGGCUGUCCCGCAUCAGCGUACCUUGCUGGAGCUGGAGUUGGUGAAAUAGGCAUCAUAGACUAUGACGAAGUUGAUGUAACGAACAUUCACAGACAGAUUCUACACAGGGAGAGAGACCAGAACCUUAGCAAGGCUCAGUCUGCUGCCAAUAGCCUAAGAAGCAUAAACUCAAAAAUCAAAAUAACCCCCUACAGUAUCGACAUUAACCCUUCAAAUGGUCUGGAAAUAGCAAAGAACUACGACCUUAUUCUGGACUGCACUGACAAUGUACCGACUAGAUAUAUGCUGAAUGACAUUAGUGUCUUGACCGGGAUACCUUUGAUAUCUGGCAGCGCUUUGAAGAUGGAAGGGCAAUUGACCAUAUAUGGGUAUAGAGGGAAGGGUGGGGAUGAAAAGGAGCAGACCCACAUAGGGCCGUGCUACAGAUGCAUAUUCCCCCGCCCCCCGCCGCCCGAGACCGUGGGCAGCUGCUCCGCGCAGGGGGUCGCCGGCCCCAUACCGGGGGUCAUAGGAGUGCUGCAAGCUCUGGAAGCUAUCAAACUGUUGGUGGGGCACCCUCACACGCAGCUGCUGGUGCAGAGGAUGCUACUCUUCGAUGGUGGUGACAGCACCUUCAGAACAGUAAAACUCCGGCCAAGGAGUCCUGCGUGCGAGAUUUGCUCUGACGAACCGACGAUAACGAAGUUACUCGACUAUGAGGUCGUAUGCCAGAGCCAAGCUAAAGAAAAGGAUUUAGAUUUACACAUAUUACAAUCAGAAAACAGAAUCUCUGCAAAGGAAUUAGCUAAAAGCUUAAACGCCAAAGAGCGCCAUCUGUUGGUGGACGUGCGAAGCGAGGCAGAGUUCAACAUGUGUAACAUAGAUGGCGCUGUCAACUACCCGUUAGAGAAGUUACGUGAGAAACAAUUUGAAGAACUUAUGGAAAAGAUCAGAAGUUGUACGAGUUAUGUAACAUUCGUGUGUCGGCGCGGCAACGACUCCCAGCUGGCGGCGGAGCGCGUGUUGGAUGCGCUGGUCGGACCCGACCGGAGUCGGGUGCGCGACCUGACCGGCGGACUGCACGCCUGGGCCCGACACGUCGACAUAGACUUCCCCGUCUACUAGCUAUAGUGUGCACUUCGUAUAUCUUCGCAAACUUCGUAACUCCCGAUGGUCCGCGCGGGCCGGGAGGGGUAGCGAUGUAGUCCUUUCUCCCGUCGCCCGCAUAUCAUGAGAGUGUCAUCAACGACUUGCCAAGCUAUAUAUACAAGCACUGUCUACUCAUUAUUGUAUUGAAGUGAUUUUAUAUUGGUGAAGUAAGAUUAAGUGUUUUGUACAAUACAUUGUUUGAAGAAAA